GUGUGUGUGUGUGUGUGUGUGUGUGUGUGUUGUCUAUACAUAGAAUGUCUCCGUAAGGGCAUCAGAGCAGACAAAGGUCCAACCUCCGACCCCCUGUAUCCUCUGCACAUUGUUCUCUGAAUCGUAUUGAACCAGGAGUCCACAGAGAAACUCCACAAAAGAGAAUAAUGGUGUGUGUGUGUGUGUGUGUGUGUGUGUGUGUGUGUGUGUGUGUGUGUGUGUGUGUGUGUGUGUGUGUGUGUGUGUGUGUGUGUGUUAGCGCUGUGUGAGGCCUAGCCAAUCAUGCAGAACAAUGCAGGGUUCAGUGAAGCCAUGUGAUCUCUUUAAAGAAGACCCUCUGGCUUCAUUGUCUUUAUUGGAGGAAUCACAAGAGUUGCCGAUGUCAAAACACUCAGCUGGUCCCGUGAAGACACGCAUGCUGACUGUUGUACACACAUGUCACAUCUCUGACACCAUGGGGCCUCACUGCCACUGUGUUGGAGACAUUAUUCUGUUUGGUACCGACUCUUUUCUCCAGGUGCGUGACACUUUUCCUUUUAUUUGUUUCUGCUAAUUGGUUAAGCAAAUGGUUUUAUUUCUGCUGGCGUAGCUGAAUGCAGUCAGCUUCUGGAUCAGGAUAAGGUAAUAACAUCCUAUCUGCUGCAGUAGCUUCUGAUGGUGAAACUCUAGGAUUAUACGAUCCUGACAGAUCUACAGUCAGGCAGGCGCGCUGCACGCUUUUCAACAGUGUGGGGGAUGUUGUCUGUGGACGUCAUCAGUUGUAAAUUGAAACUCAGACUCAAUCCAGUAACGGGUCCGCGCAUAAUUCACAGUAACAGAGUCCUUCCAAAAACAUGCUUAAUAUUCACCGAUGUAUAAACCGCACACAUGCAGAACGGGAAGAACUGAUCUUCCAAACAGAACCCGAGUUUUCUCCAUCAACAACACCCAAUUCAACAAUAAGCUGUUAAAUCAGAAGGAGGUAAAAAGACACUAAACACGCAUUUAGAGAAAAACACACAGUAGCGACAAUCCAAUAUCCUAUCCACAGAAUCGGCCGCUUAAAUGAAAGCCAAGGCUCUCCUCUUUCCAACAAUAUUCAUGCACUCUACGUGCAAAGUUCACAGAGCCAGCAGCUAACCAACCACAGCUCGCUUCAUGACGUGAAAAGCGUAAAUUCAGUCUUACCUUUGUUGAUUCAUGGUCACAAUCCAUGUUAUAGUGAAAGCAGUCCAAUCCCUUUGUGUAAUCCAUCUUCACAACAUCACACUAAGCUGAGUCGUGGCUGUUUUAGCUUGCAUCCAUCCGGCGCCAAAUCCCAAAAAACUAGCCUAAAAAAAUCAAAAGCUAGCGAUUCUAUUGGCUCAGAGGUUUCCUAACUAACCGGACCGGCUCCAAUAAUCCAACGGCGGGGUCCACAUAAAACCAGGUGAACGGUGUAGGAAUUACAACAGUUUGCAUAUGUGCCUCCCACUUGUUAAGGGACCAAAAGUAACGGGACAAUUGGCUUCUCAGCUGUUCCAUGGCCAGGUGUGUGUUAUUCCCUCAUUAUCCCAAUUACAAUGAGCAGAUAAAAGGUCCAGAGUUCAUUUCAAGUGUGCUAUUUGCAUUUGGAAUCUGUUGCUGUCAACUGUCAAGAUGAGACCCAAAGAGCUGUCACUAUCAGUGAAGCAAGCCAUCAUUAGGCUGAAAAAACAAAAGAAGCCUAUCAGAGAGAUGGCAAAAACAUUAGGCGUGGCCAAAACAACAGUUUGGAACAUUCUCAAAAAGAAGGAACGCACCGGUGAGCUCAGCAACACCAAAAGACCCGGAAGACCACGGAAAACAACUGUGGUGGAUGACAGAAGAAUCCUUUCCCUGGUGAAGAAAACACCCUUCACAACAGUUGGCCAGAUCUAGAACACUCUCCAGGAGGUAGGUGUGUCUGUGUCAAAGUCAACAAUCAAGAGAAGACUCCACCAGUGUGAAUACAGAGGGUUCACCACAAGAUGUAAACCACUGGUGAGCCCCAACACCAGGAAGGCCAGAUUAGAGUUUGCCAAACAACAUCUAAAAAAGCCUUCAGAGUUCUGGAACUACAUCCUACAGACAGAUGAGACCAAGAUCUACUGGUACCAGAGUGAUGGGAAGAGAAGAGUAUGGAGACGGAAAGGAACUGCUCAUGAUCCUAAGCAUACCACCUCAUCAGUGAAGCAUGGUGCUGGAAGUGUCAUGGCGUGGGCAUGUAUGUGGAACUGGUUCUCUUGUAUUUAUUGAUGAUGUGACUGCUGACAAAAGCAGCACGAUGAAUUCUGAAGUGUUUCGGGCAAUAUUAUCUGCUCGUAUUCAGCCAAACGCCUCAGAACUCAUUGGACGGCGCUUCACAGUGCAGAUGGACAAUGACCCGAAGCAUACUGCAAAAGCAACCAAAGAGUGUCUGAAGGGAAAGAGGUGGACUGUUUUGCAAUGGCCAAGUCAAUCACCUGAGAAUCCGACUGAGCGUGCAUUUCACUUGCUGAAGAUACAACUGAAGGGAAAACGCCCCAGGAACAAGCAGGAACUGAAGACUGUUGCAGUAGAGGCCUGGCAGAGCAUCACCAGGGAUGAAACCCAACGUCUGGUGAUGUCUGUGUGUUCCAGACUUCAGGCAACCAAGUAUUGAAAUGUAUAAGUUUUAUUUAUGGUUCUUAUUCUGUCCCGUUACUUUUGGUCCCUUAACAAGUGGGAGGCACAUAUGCAAACUGUUGUAAUUCCUACACCGAUCACCUGAUUUGGAUGUAAAUACCUCAAAUAAAAGCUGACAGUCUGCAGUUAAAGCGCAUCUUGUUCGUUGGAAAUCCAUUGUGGUGUAUAGAGCCAAAAGGGUUAGCAUUGUGUCAAUGCCCCAAUAUUUAUGGACCUGACUGUACGUCACACUGUCACUUAUUCAUGGACUCACCUAUCUUAGCUAACGACGGGGAAGGCUGCUGUUGCUUUAGCAUCCAGGAAACUGCUAGUAUAAGCUAACUGUUAGCAUUAGCAACUCCACCACACAGCAGAACUCCUCCAGGCUUGUGUUAUUUGUGGAGAUGAAACCUCUGCAUUGCAGAGCAAACAGAGUCAGUGGAAGUCAUGUUGCUGUAAGCCAAUCAGAGGCAAGAUGUCCAGAUAUCAGGAAAUGAGACUCCAAAUCCCGUCGCUUUCAGUUCUCCUCUGAUCUGGCAAACUUUGGCCCAAUCCCAAUACUCACACUGCGCCCUACGUCAAAUUAUACAACAGUUAAUUCCGACCGAGUGAUUUGAUUGGUCAAGAGACUUUUCAAGAGUGCUGAUAAUGGACUAUAACAGCACUGGGACAGUCGUUCUAACUGGUAUUGUAGAAAAUGUUUGUGUUGCCUAGCAACGGCCUUGUCUGAGUCUCCGUUUCGUGUUGGGACUAUUUGUGUUGGCGGAGUUGGAUAAAUGAUUAAAUAAGUGAACAAAUCAUAAUCUGUUGUUGCUUAUUGGUGUUCUAAAAAUAAAAUGAGCAGGUAGAACUGUUGUAUAAAAGCAAUAUCACACUCGAGGUCGUGUGUUGUUGCUGAAUAUCAGCACUGGUGUGAUUAUCUACGACCGAAUCACACCAGUGCUGAUAUUCAGCAACGACGCACUCCCUCUCGUGAGAUAUUGCUUAAGUGCACUUGGAGGGUGUCGCCAGUAAGGCUUCGAGUGUGUAGUACAUAAAUGUGCAUAUAAAUGUCGAGUUGGGACAGUGAGCAUCGCGUCAUCAAACGCAACGCAUGCCGGUCGCUGUUUGUGUUACUUAAAAAGAAAUCUUUAUUAACAACUUUCAAACAAACAAUUUCUUGUCAAAAUUUGCACUCAUUGCUGUUAAAUGCUAUAAAUGUCAGUCUAAAACAUUCCAGGCAUGCAUAAAUAUCAUAAUUCAUUCAUUUGAAAAUACAGAUUUUCAGAAAAGGAACUUCAGCCUUGGUUUGUGCCUAAAUGUUGGACGCACCCUUCCAGACCUUCUGAAGCUGGACUCACCAUCCUGUAGCGGUUAGUUCGGCUCACGACCGUGUCGAUGUGCAGGCUGGUUCUAGCGUGAUGAGCUCUAAUCGCCACUAAACUGCUCAACUCUUCCACCUGGUGGGCUCAUUUGGACCUGCAUGUGCUUUAAAAUGUGAACUCUGGUUAGUUUCCCAACUCUAUAGGUGUGCAUGUUUAUUAGCUGGGAUUUCUCAGUUGAAAGUGUUUGUUAUAACUGAGCAGCCUUAGUUGAUUGCUGUGUGAAAUGUAGAACAGCAGCAUGCUGAUUGGAUGCUGCUGCUGUCUGCUGGAGAACUGGGACUGGUCCUGAUGCUGAGUUCUGUUGCCGCUGAGGGUGAGAAUGUGUUUAAUCACCUCGUGUUUACUAACCAUUUUACCCGUGCUCCUGACUGUUGGUGUAGUGCACAUCUAAACCGGGCCAGAGGUUUUGGGCUAAUGCUGGGAUCUACGGAGCUCUGAGUGCGUGAAGCCACUUCAUUCAAGUGAACUCUUCACCGUGUUCCUGAUGAGAAGCUCAUGUUGCUGCUUGUUUCUGCUCUUUUUGCAUGGUCCAACAGCUCUGCUGGCCACCUGGGGGCCGUGUGGUUCCUAAACUAACAGAGCAGAGCCUCUGAACUACAGGAUCUAGAGGUUCGGGACGGACACUAAUUCCGUUAUAUGUAUCGAUCGAUAAACGUGGAAAAAAAUGGGUCAAUAAAGAAGUUCCUUUUUUCCAUCAUGGCCUAUUGGCUAGCUUAACACUACAGUCAAAACUAGACUGAACCAAUCAAAAACAGAGCCAGGCUGCUCCAUCACCAAGCUCUCCCUCUGAGACCAAACGGACAGCGAGGUGUAGCAGCGGCGAGCGGUGGAGGACGCUGGCUACCGCGGUUCACCAGCACGGCCGUGUUUUUGUUUCUUCGUGUCUGGCACACGAGACACGAUGGAAAAGUUUACAGAAAAUCCAUUCAAAGUGGAGCUUGGUAACACAACCAACUCGUUUAAUCGUAACUUAAUGACAUCAAGCGGCUACGGUAUAGCCUCUCUUGCUUUUAUAUUUAUUGAUAUGGAUGGAUGUGAUUAUUUCUUCUAAGUGCUUCUUCUCUCCGUCGUCCAGCCCUACUUGUGUGUCUUCAUGCUUUUUCAGACACACGGUGAGAAACAGUGAUACAGUCAGGAUUUGUGUCUUUGUGGUGGGAAGAGCGAUGGAGAUGGUGCUCUGCUGAUCAUGAAACAUCUCCUGAUUUAACACAGGAUGUCCUAUUGAGACGGUCCACCUGCUGCCUUCAUAGAGGAAGAAAGAGAGCGAUAAAGCAGACUCAGGAGGAAGAACACUCGUGGUUCCUCGUGCUGGGCGGUCGCUGAAGUGCAGAUCUUGUGUUUGUGGUGAACCAUUUUCACCGACGCUCUCACACAUCUCUCUAGCAUCCUUCCAGAAUGGUUGAGCCCAGCCCUCCAGCACUGCACCUCCUCUCCAGCGUCAGCAUGGCAGACGUUGGUGUCAAAGUUGAACAGGAGGAUUGUGGCGGAGGUGGUAGAGCCAGCACCCACCCUACAAAGAUAUCUCCAUUGCAUGAGUGGUCAGGAAAUCAGACGCUUGAGGCCCGCCAGCUGACACCACCACUGUCCCGCUCACCUUCAGAGGGAUCUCCGGGCAAAGAGCUGCCUCCCAGGCAAAGCCUUAUGGGAGUGAAGGAAGCCCGGAGUCAGGAGCGAUCCGAGGGACAGUCCAACUUUCAGGAAGUGAUGCCCACCAUUGAGAAGCUGCUGAAUGCCGACUGGAAGGAGAAACUUCUGGAUAAAAGCGCAGAGGGAGCAGGACAACUUAAAGGGACCCCUGACUCUCUGGCUGAAAAGGAGCUUCAGUUGUUGAUGAUGAUAAACCAGCUGAGUGGUCUGAGGGAGCAGCUGCUAGGCGCCCACUCAGAGCAGAGGAACAUGGCCGCCCUGCUGCUGGAGAAGCAACAACAGCAGAUGGAGCUGGCCCGGCAGCAGCAGGAACAGAUUGCCAAGCAGCAGCAGCAGCUGAUCCAGCAGCAGCACAAGAUCAACCUGCUUCAGCAGCAGAUCCAGCAGGUGAACAUACCCUAUGUGAUGAUCCCAGCCUUCCACCCAAACAGCCAGCCCCUCCCCGACCCCCCGAUGACAUUACCGCUACAGCCCAUCCCCUGCAAGCCAACCACUGACUACCCCAUGCAGCUGCUCCCAAACACCCACCCCACGCCCAUCAAGAGGAGCAGUAGUUCCUUCCGGCAGGAGGCUAGUCAGCCCUUAAACCUGACCUCUAAGCACAAAGGCCUGGAUCUGGGGAAAACGUCAAGUCCACAGAGCCUGGAUCUGGGAUCUCUGGCACUGCAGGGGGCCUACAGAUCCCGAGAUCUCCAAAGAGAGGUGUCCCACAGUCCGACGCGAUCUGCACUCAGUUUCCUAGGAGACGGCGAUGUGGUCACCCAGGCCAUUCACGAUGCCCAGCAGCUCCUGAGGACUCACAGCAGUGGAGGCAGAGACAGGGAGAGGGACAGUGGGGGGAAAAUGGAACGUAAGGAUUCUCCACACUGUGAGCGAGCUGAGGAGAGACACGGUCUUCCGUCCACAGAGGACCAUCUCAGCAGUGACUCAGAGGGCGCUCUGCCUGUUUCUGCUGCUGGCAGCUACACCGACACCCGCCCCACCUCCUCCUCUGGACACAUAAAAAGACCCAUGAAUGCCUUCAUGGUGUGGGCCAAGGACGAGCGCAGGAGGAUCCUGCAGGCGUUCCCCGACAUGCACAACUCCUCCAUCAGCAAGAUUCUAGGCUCGAAGUGGAAGGGCAUGUCCAACCAGGAGAAGCAGCCGUACUAUGAAGAGCAGGCUAGGCUGAGUAGGCAGCAUCUGGAGCGCUACCCAGACUACAAAUACAAACCCCGACCAAAACGCACCUGCAUCGUGGAGGGACGGCGGCUGAGGGUGGGCGAGUACAAAGCCAUGAUGAAGAGUCGCAGACAGGAACAGAGAGCGACCUACACGCACAGUCAAAGUGAGCUGCAGCAGAUCCGUUAUUCCCAAAGCGACAUCCAGUACCCGGGUAGUGGCUCCGUCUCAAGCAUGCCCUUUCAUCCUGCGCAACUGGAGCAUUACCUGCCACAAGUCCCACCCCCCACGCGCAGAGCUGAUGGAAAGGCCACACCCACCUCUCAACCCAGAGACAGAGAGAGGGAGCGAGAGAGAGCUCGACCUCAGUACAGCGAAGGAGAGGAGAGCGACGCGGGAGAGAGGAGUGAGGGGGAGCUGGUGCUCCUGACAGAUUGAGGGUGGGUGGGUGGGGGGUCAGGCGGACUGGAGGAGCGAGUGAAUUAAAGCGGGAAACGCCACCUCAGCUGUUGUAAAGUAUCACGAUCUUCUGCUGUGCACACAUUAGUGCUAGUUGUCAUCGUUCCUCCCCCAGAGAUCACGCCCUCUCCUCCUUGUGUCCUAACGCUCCUUGCUGGCUCGGUGAGGAAAUGAAACCUUGUGAAGGAACUUGAAGGUUGCUGUCAGGAACCACAGCAGCAGAUGCUCAUGUGUUGGUCAGUGCUGCCCCCUGCUGGAAGAAUGAUUCCUGGUUUCUGGGAGUUCUUCCUGCCUGCUUCCUCCAGCUGAGAUCCUGAUCAGAGCAGGGGAAACACACCAGAACGCCCUGGCUCAGAGUCAAAGGUUACUGCCACAUUAAUGACAACUCUUUGGUACAUCUACAGAACAAGUUCUUUAGCCCCCAUCAGGAUUCUGGUUCCAGAUCCGUUUCUGCUGGAGGGGCAGGUGUUCUGUGAGGCUGUAACCCAAGAGACGUUUCCCAGUCUUUAGCUGCAUUCAGGGACACGUUUGGCUUUAUUUUGCUGUUUGGUUUUAGUCCUGUUUUUCCUCAUGGUACCCAUGUAACACCGGCUACAGCGGUCCUGGUGCCAGCGGUCAGACCCUCCCCACCCAUCACACCCACACGGGAGACUGACCUCAGCAUCACGUAUUUGUGCUGUAGUUUCUGAGUGUUUUUUAUUGUUGUGAUGAGCUGAUGGUAUUUUAUCCAGACGUCUGCGGUGUUUUAAAAUCAGAAUAUUUUUUUGAACUUAAGGUUAUUUUUUCAGCUAAUAUAUCGUUUUGUCGUCUGAACGUUCCUGCUCAGAUAAUCCAGUGGUGAUAAAAACCAGAUCCAGAUCCGACUCUUGUGCUGGGUUUAGUGAACUCGUGUGAUUUCUGACCUUGCACUGAGAAACCAUUCUGACCUGUGUCCUUUCAGAGCUCAUGGUGAAUAUUGUGAUUAAACUCCACCUAACUGGUAAGGUUGGGAUCAGUGACACAAGAACCGUCUGUGCACUCUGUUUUGCUGGUAGACCGACAUUAACAACAGUAAGUUUAUUUAUUGUUCUCCUUGGGGUGUUUUUUCUGCGUCUGACCCAGCCCUGAGGAGCAGGCCCAGCGGUCCGGGUUCAGUGUCUUGCCCAGGGAUACUUUGACACGUGACCCGCUGGGUUUGGGAUCAAACCAUCACCUCCUGAUCAGUGUCCAGCUGCUCUCCCCAUUCAGCCAAAAGUUUUCAUAUUUAACAAAUCGUGUUACUGAAUCAGGUAGCUUAAUGGAGCGCGAGUCCACCGGUUAAAACGCCCUUUCUGUGGAUUGUACGGGAGUUGGUUCCAGACUCUAGAACAGUGGUAUUUAAUUCCAGUCCUGGAGGUCCGGUGUCAGCACAUUAAGUUUUACCUCUGCGUCGACACACCGGAUUUUAAUCUGCAGGUGAUAAACAGGCUUCUGCAGAGCCUGAUGAGCUUCUGCACAGGUGAUUCAACCGCUGAGUUAAGUGUGUUGGAGCAGAGAAACCACUAAAAUGUGCUGGAUACCGGCCCUCCAGGACCAGGGUUGAGAAUCUCUGCUUUAGACUGUUCUCUCUGAAACCAGAUUGGUGUGUGUGUGUGUGUGUGUGUGUGUGUGUGUGUGUGUGUGUGUGUGUGUGUGUGUGUGUGCGUUAGUAGCUUAUUAAUGCUAAUUUUUCUUAGGAAAAUUUCAGUUUCUGCUAUAAACUUUGGUAGCUUCAAGCUAAUCCUGCUAACACUUUAGCACGCAGUAACUUAAAUAAAUGUGGGUAGUUGGAGGAUUUAAAUGCAUUGAAAUGAAAGGAUGAGUCAUUUUAGUUGGUUGUUUAUGAAAUUUGAACAUUUCAGAGAAAUGUUUCAUCAAAUCCUUAGCUAGCUACUAUGCUAGUUCACAACUUAUCAAACCAAGUUUGAAUUGAUGGGAGAAACAUCCCACAUUCAGCAUUUAAAGGAUAUUAUGUGUUUGGAUCAAAUGAAUCAGGCUCCGAAUAAAUCUUUUUCAUAUUUUUAGCUAACUAGCAGUUCCUUUAGCAUGAGUUUUGUAGGAAGCAUGCUCAUGUUCAUCAGGAAAAGGAGACCGGUGGCUGUUUCCAUCAAAUGUUGUCAUUUUUCCGUUCACAUCUUUUUAUUAUUGUAAACAGCAGACCUUUUCUUACCUGAGCAUAAACUGGUCAAUCCACCAUUAGCUAAAAGCAAAAGAAACUGGACAGAGUUCAGAUCCAGAUGCUGAGUCGGGUUCAGGCUGAACGUGAUACGUAGACAAAUCUUUAUCUGCUGGAGCCUCAACCGUAACUACCCCUGCUGAUGUAAAUAUAGAAAAACUUUAUUUUGUUUAUAAAAACCAGUGUAAUUUAAAGGUGUACAUUUCUCUAUGUUUUCAGAGUUUUGUUUUUUUGGUAAACAUUAAAGUGGUUGUAUCAAAUGUGA